AUGAGGGCCACUUCGAUUCUCUCAUUGCUAUCAUGCCUCGCCUACUCACCAUUGGCCUCGGCAUGGAUAUAUACUUGGCACUCUCCAAAUGAUACGCUGCUUUCUUAUCAAGGGGCUGAGCCUCUGGCCUGCAAAUCAAUGAACAAUCCAGUUGGCAAUGUGUUUAACUGGGAGCCCCAAGAUGGGCACUGGUGCAUUUUCAUGUACUCAAAUUCAAAUUGCAGUGACGAAAAUGUUGGCUAUACGUGCAAAGACUGGGAGUGGGCGAGUCAUGCCUCGACAAAACACAUUUUAUCGUUCCAAGUGACAAAUAAUACUUCUUCAUUCAGCGCCACGGCAACAUCGUCAAUAUCAGCAACCCAGACUAGUACCUCCAUAUCAUCUACAGCAACCUCCACCACACCAUCUGCCGCCACUGCCACAGCGACCAGCGAGCCAACAGGUUCAAAUAGCAAGGCUAGUUUAUCGGGUGGUGCGAUUGCAGGAAUAGUACUGCGGUGGCUAUUGCUGGAAUUAUCCUCUUCUUUUUGUGCUGGCGACGACGAAAAAAACAAUGCUCAGAAAAUCGACAAUACCCGAACAGAAUCAGCAACGGGCAUGGUGGAGCUUCCUAGUUCUCACCCCGAGGAAGAACACUCAUACAUUUCAGAAAAACCUCGAUCUCGACAGGAGACACUACGGGAACUUAAGGGAUCGACCGCUGCGUCGGAGAUUGGGCCUGGGACUGAGAGACACGAACUUCAUUCACCUGUUGUCGAAAGACAUGAGCUGUAUACGGAGAGAUAUGAACUAGAUUCGACACAUCCCGACCUUGAGAAGAAGCCUUGA